AUGAGAAAAAUUACAAUAAAAUUCUAUGAUCAUCAAUUGAAUCACAAAACAAAAAAUCUUGUUUACAUUAGUGAUGGUGACAAAGAAAUUUUAUCUGAUGGUUGUAGGACUCCAGUGAAUCAAAUAAAAUCUGAUAAACUACUCAGAGCUGCUACUGAAAGUCUUGCAAGUCCAGAUGAAUCAAAUACUUCAAGGAAUUCAUUUCAUAUUUCAAUGAAUACAAAGAAAUACAAUUAA